AGUCAUGUUCCAAAGAAAUGGCGUUGAAGUUCGCUCCGGGCAGUUUAUCAAAAUCUAGGAGUAGCAAGUCUGUCUCUGGCUUUUGUUUUACGUGAUUAUAACCUCUGGCGAGAUUCAAGGUCAUGUUUUUGAACACACGCGACUCGUGGUGGCAGGGAGAAAAGCAACGAGGGAAAUUUAACACCGCUCUAGAGGGUGACCAUGUGUGGCUGGAGGCUGGGAAUGGGGAGUUCUCAGUGCCUGUGGGAGCUAAGGUCAAGUUGUCAGACACAGGUCAAGUUCAAGUUCUGGACGAUGAAGGAAAGGAACACUGGAUCCCUGCGGCCAGUGCGAGUAAGCUGCGUGUCAUGCACCCCUCGUCAGUGGAGGGAGUGGAGGACAUGAUCCGGCUGGGAGACCUUCACGAGGCAGGCAUCCUCAGGAACCUCCUCGUCAGAUACAACGCCAACCAGAUAUAUACCUACACAGGGUCUAUCCUGGUGGCUGUAAACCCCUAUCAGGUCCUCCCGAUCUACACAGCAGAGCAGAUCCAACAGUACACCAACAAGAAGAUCGGAGAGCUCCCCCCACACAUCUUCAGUAUUGCAGACAAUGCCUACUUCAAUAUGCUGCGAGCCAAGCGGGACCAGUGUGUCAUUAUUAGUGGAGAAAGUGGGGCAGGGAAAACAGAGAGCACCAAACUCAUCCUACAGUUUCUGGCGGCCAUCAGUGGACAACACUCCUGGAUCGAACAGCAGAUUCUGGAGGCCAACCCUGUCAUGGAAGCAUUUGGAAAUGCCAAGACCAUUCGGAAUGACAACUCCAGUCGCUUCGGGAAGUACAUUGACAUCCACUUCAACCAGAACGGUGCAAUAGAGGGAGCUAAGAUAGAACAGUACCUGUUAGAAAAGUCCAGGCUCUGUUAUCAGCAAACAGAAGAACGCAACUAUCACAUCUUCUACUGCAUGCUGGCUGGGCUACAGGCAGACGACAAGCGAAGACUGCACCUCACCAAGCCUCAGGACUAUGCCUAUCUGACAAUGGGAGACUGUCUCGUUGCUGACGGUCGAGAUGACGUGACAGACUUCGCCGCGAUCCGGUCGGCCAUGAAGGUGCUGAUGAUCUCUGACGCGGAACAGUGGGAACUGUACAAGCUCCUGUCCUCCAUCCUGCAUCUUGGCAACCUGCAGUUCGAAAGCUCAUCCAUAGAUAACCUCGAUGCCUGUGAGUUGGUGGAUGCCACAGGCCUAUCAUCAUCUGCUAAACUCAUGGAGUUGAAUGAAGAAGACUUGCUGAACGCCCUCACCACGCACACCCUCAUCACUCGAGGCGAGAGUGUCACCUCCCCUCUCAACGCAGACCAGGCCUCCGACGUACGCGAUGCCUUCUGUAAGGGCACGUACGGCCGCAUGUUCGUCUGGCUCGUGGACAAGAUCAACAACGCCAUCUACCAGCCGCUAGAGAACCCCAAGCACGUCCGCUUGUCCAUCGGAGUACUCGACAUCUUUGGAUUUGAAAACUUUGGGACCAACAGCUUUGAGCAGCUGUGCAUCAACUUUGCCAAUGAGAACCUACAACAAUUCUUUGUGAGGCACAUCUUCAAGCUGGAACAGGCUGAGUAUGAUGCAGAACACAUCAGCUGGCAGCACAUUGAGUUUGUGGAUAACCAGGAGUGUCUGGACAUGAUCGCUGUCAAACCUAUGAACAUCAUCGCUCUCAUCGAUGAAGAGAGUCGUUUCCCCAAGGGCUCAGACAAGACCAUGCUGCAGAAGCUACACAAGCAGCACGGCCGGAACUCCCACUUCAUCCAGGCUAAGUCUGACAUCAACGUCCACUUUGGCGUUGUCCACUUCGCUGGUGACGUGUACUACGAUACCAGAGGUUUUCUGGAGAAGAACAGAGACAGGUUCCACGCAGACCUGCUGGACUUGGUUCAAACAUCCAACAACAAAUUCCUCAAGGGCUUGUUCCAAAAGGACAUCGUUAUGGGCACAGAGACAAGAAAAAAGUCUCCAACUCUCGGAGCCCAGUUCAAGAAGUCCUUGGAGCUUUUGAUGAGGACCCUGGGUGCCUGCCAGCCGUUCUUUGUACGGUGUGUCAAACCCAAUGAGUUCAAGAAACCUAGUAUGUUUGACCGUGAGCUAUGUGUGCGCCAGCUGCGCUACUCCGGCAUGAUGGAGACCAUCCGUAUCCGGCGCAUGGGAUACCCCAUCCGCCACACCUUCGCACAGUUCGUGGACCGGUACCGCAUCCUGGUCAACGGCGUGGGCCCCUCACACAAGACCGAGUGCAAGUCUGCAUCGGAAAAAAUUGCCAAGGCGAUCCUUGGGGAUAAGGACUGGCAGAUCGGCAAGACGAAAAUCUUCCUGAAGGACGAGCAUGACGCCACGCUGGAGAUUGAACGUGACCACGCGCUGACCCGCCGGGUGGUCCUGAUCCAGAAGAUGGUGCGAGGCUGGUUCUACCGCAGACGAUUCCUCAAGAUGAAGUCAGGGGCUCUGAAGAUCCAGACUGCCUGGAGAGGGCACAGGGAGAGGAAGAGAUACCAUGCUAUGAAGAUUGGGUAUGCCCGUCUACAAGCUCUCUUCCGGGCGCGGAUCUUGUCCUACCACUACAACUUCCUGCGCAAGAGGAUCGUGGGCUUCCAGGCCCGUUGCCGUGGUUACACAGCUCGGAAGGACUUCUCCAAGAGGAUGCACAGCAUCGUCAAGAUCCAGUCAGGCUUCCGGGGAUACAUUGCUCGGAAACAGUAUCAGAAGCUGAAAAUAGAGAACAAGCGGCGCAUGGAGGCUGAGCGACUGCGGUUGGAGGAAGAGGCACGACUUCGGCAGCAAAUGGGAGCAAAGAAGGCGAAAGAAGAGGCAGAAAAGCGUCACCAGCAACGACUCAGGCAAAUGGAGUACGAGAGCCUUGAGAAUGAACGUCAGAAGAAAUACGAGAUGGCAAAGAAGAAGGACAUGAUAGAGAACGCUGAGAAGAGGAAGGAUAACCCUGUGGACGACUCCCAGAUGGUGGAUGAAGUCUUCAACUUCCUGCCAGAAACAAAUGCCGAGUCAGGCCCUGCACCAACUGCAUUUAGGGACCUGGAAGAAAAGAGAAUGAAAGAUCUAAAGAAGGAGGAGGUAGACGACACCAUGCACCUGCCGGUACCCAAGGACGAGGAGGACAUCUCAGAGUACAAGUUCUCCAAAUAUGCUGCUACGUACUUCCAGGGGAGCACAACGCACUCUUACGUACGCCGACCGCUCAAGGCGCCACUCCUUCCACACGACAAUGAGGGAGACAUGCUGGCUGCCCUGGCCGUGUGGAUCACCAUCCUCAGGUUCAUGGGGGAUCUCCCCGAGCCCAAGUGGAUGACCUCCAACUCUGAGGCCCAGGACAACACCCCCGUCAUGACCAAGAUCUAUGAGACGCUGGGGAAGAAGUCGGGACUGUACAAGAAGGAACUACAGGACAUACAGAUGGGCAUCGACCCUAAUGUUCCUGACAGAUACAAGAAGGGAAGUGUGAAGAAGAAGCUGGUGUCCAUGACCUUGAAGAAGAAGUCCAAGAUCACGGAUGAGGUGCGGGAUCGCCUUGCUGAGGGUGAUGUUGCAGCAUACAGCAACAGCAUGCUGGAGGACAGGCCAACCUCCAACCUGGAGAAACUACACUUCAUCAUCGGACAUGGCAUCCUCAGGCCUAACCUCAGAGAUGAGAUCUACUGCCAGAUUUGUAAACAGCUGACGCAGAACCCCUCCAAGAGUAGUCACGCCCGCGGCUGGAUCCUCCUGUCCCUCUGUAUCGGCUGUUUUGCUCCUUCAGAGAAGUUUGUGAAGUACCUUCAGUGCUUCAUCAAGGAAGGCCCGCCUGGCUACGCUCCUUACUGUGAGGAGAGGAUGAAGAGAACCUUUGUAAACGGCACCAGGAACCAGCCUCCCAGCUGGCUGGAGCUUCAGGCUACCAAGUCAAAGAAGCCCCUGAUGUUACCGAUCACCUUCAUGGAUGGUACGACGAAGACGCUUCUGGCGGAUUCAGCCACCACGGCGCGGGAACUGUGUCAGAUGCUGUCGGAAAAAAUCGGGCUGUCGGACCAGUUUGGAUUCUCACUGUACAUCGCCCUCUUUGAUAAGGUCUCGUCCCUGGGCAGUGGUAGUGACCAUGUGAUGGACGCCAUCUCCCAGUGCGAGCAGUACGCUAAAGAACAGGGUGCCCAGGAGAGGAACGCUCCCUGGAGACUCUUUUUCCGCAAGGAGAUCUUCGCGCCCUGGCAUGACCCCACGGAGGACAGGGUGGCCACGAACCUGAUCUACCAGCAGGUGGUCCGAGGGGUCAAGUUCGGCGAGUACAGGUGUGACAAGGAUGAUGACCUAGGAGAGAUAGCAGCCCAGCAGUACUACGUAGACUAUGGACCCAACAUGGACUAUAACAGGCUGCAGGGUCUAGUACCAUCCUACAUCCCUGACUUCUGUAUGAGGGGACAGAAGAACACAGACUACUGGGCUCAACUGGUGGCCAAUGCACACAGAAAGAGCUACUAUGUAAAGGACAACGUUGACCCAAUCCGCGUCAAGGAGGACGUGGUGAGCUACGCCAAGUUCAAGUGGCCGCUGCUGUUCUCUCGGUUCUACGAGGCGUACAAGUUCUCAGGACCGAGCCUGCCGAAGAACGACGUGAUCAUCGCGGUGAACUGGACGGGCGUGUACAUCGUGGACGAUCAGGAGCAGGUCCUGUUGGAGCUGUCCUUCCCAGAAAUCACUGCUGUAUCCAGCAGCAGAACCGGUAAGAUCCAUGGGCAGAGCUUCACCCUGUCCACAGUGAAGGGAGACGAGUACACCUUCACUUCCGCCAACGCAGAGGACAUCCGUGAGCUGGUGGUGUGCUUCCUGGAGGGGCUCAAGAAGAAGUCCAAAUAUGUCAUCGCUCUGCAGGACAGUCCUACACCAGCUGCCGACAGCUCCUCCUUCCUGGCCUUUAAGAAGGGAGACCUGAUCGUCCUGGACCAGGACAAUGGCGACACGGUCAUGAACUCGGGCUGGUGUUACGGGGGGAACGACAGGACGGGGCAGCGAGGGGACUUCCCUGCUGAGUGUGUGUACGUGGUGCCAACGGUCACCAAACCUGCACCCGACAUUCUGCAACUGUUCACCAUGUCUGAGAAGGAGAUCAGUGAACUGCGCACGUCUCAGGCGGCCAUCGAGACGGAGGAACCACCAGAGAAGCCAUACACACUGGAGGAGUUCUCCAUCGACCACUUCAGACCUCCCCCCAAACGCACCCUGACACGUGCCCUGAAGAGCAGACAGAAGGACGAGCUGUGGAGCUACACCAAGGAACCAAUCAAACAGCCACUUCUCAAGAGGCUGCUGCCCAACGAUGAACUCAGCCAGGAGGCAACCAUGUGCUUUAUGUCCAUUAUGAAGUACAUGGGAGACUACCCAUCCAAGAGAAGUCGUCAUGGAAACGAACUGACGGACCAGAUAUUUGAACCUCCUCUCAAGAAUGAAACGUUGAGAGACGAGAUCUACUGCCAGGUGAUAAAGCAGCUGACGGAGAACCGUGUGCGCGCGAGUGAGGAGCGCGGCUGGGAGCUGAUGUGGCUGUGCUCGGGCUGCUUCGCCUGCAGCCAGUCCCUCCUGCCGCACGUUACGCAGUUCCUCCGCACGCGCAGGAGAAACGCGCUCGCUGUGGACUGUCUGCAGAGGCUGCAGAAGACGCUGAGGAAUGGGCAGAGGAAGUACCCUCCCCACCUGGUGGAGGUGGAGGCCAUCCAGCACAAAACUACUCAGAUCUUCCACAAGGUCUACUUCCCAGACGACAGCGAUGAGGCCUUUGAGGUAGACUCUGGCACGAGAGCGAAGGAUUUCUGUGAGAACAUCGCCAGCCGACUGAGGCUCAAGUCACCCGAGGGCUUCAGCCUGUUCGUGAAGAUUGCAGACAAAGUCAUCAGUGUUCCAGAAGGAGACUUUUUCUUUGACUUUGUGCGGCACCUGACAGACUGGAUUAGGAAAGCAAGGCCCACCAAAGAUGGCUCUAUGCCCCAGCUGACAUACCAAGUGUUCUUUAUGAAGAAACUGUGGACCAACACAGUCCCUGGGAAGGACACCAACGCAGACUCCAUAUUCCACUACCACCAGGAGCUGCCCAAGCUGCUGAGAGGCUACCACAAGUGUUCCAAGGACGAAGCCAUCAAUCUCGCCGCUCUGCAGUACCGCGUACGCUUCGGGGACGACAAGUCAGAGUUUAUCAACAUCCCGAAGAUGCUGAGAGAACUGGCUCCCCAGGACUUGAUACGGAGCAUGUCCCCAGACGACUGGAAAAGGCAAAUCGUCGCUGCCUACAACAAACAUGCUGGCAAGACGAGGGAAGACGCCAAACUAUCGUUCCUUAAGAUCAUCUACCGGUGGUCCACUUUUGGCUCUGCCUUCUUCGAGGUCAAGCAAACUACGGAACCUAACUACCCAGAGAUCCUUCUGAUUGCCAUCAACAAACACGGGGUGAGCCUGAUCGACCCGAAGACGAAGGAAAGCCUGGUGACGCACCCCUUCACCAAGAUCUCCAACUGGAGCAGCGGAAACACCUACUUCCACAUGACCAUCGGGAACCUGGUCCGGGGCAGCAAGCUGUUGUGUGAGACUUCACUGGGUUACAAGAUGGACGACCUUCUGACCUCUUACAUCAGCCUGAUGCUCACCACCAUGAACAGACAGCGCAGGGACAGCAGAAGGUGAAAGGUCAAAGUUCAAGGAGCACCUUUAGCAUUACAGUAAAGUCCAAACUUUAGGUGAAGCAAACCUACGACUUUUUACAGUAGCAGAUAGAGAUGAGGCAAGGUUAUUUGAUCAUACAUGUCAUGUACUAGACCAAAGUUAAGGUUGACUUGCCUUGCUGUCCUCACCAUAAGAGAUAUUCAAGAGAUCCUUCAUAGAAAAUACUGUGGGCUAUUCCAUUUUGGUUUAUAUCACAAAUGAUUUGAUAAACUUCAUGUUAAAGAUUUAGCUUACACUAUUCUUCCUCAUAUUUGAAUGAUUUUAAAGAACGAAUUAGGUCUAAAAAUCAAUAUCUUAGCAAAUCUAUUUUACAUGAUUAUUUCUUGUCUUUUCUGUACUAUAGAAUGGAUUGUCAAUAAUAUUGUAUACUAGACUGUUGUUUGUGAGUUAUUAAUAUGAAUGGACAUGAUUGUCAAAUGCAGUGGUUUUUUAUUUCAUUUCCUGCAUUAGAAAAGACCUACCAGGUGACUGAUCAAAAGAGAUCUGUAUAUUUUGAGCUUUGAAAUGAUGUUUUCUGUUUCAAUAUAAUGGAUAAGACACAAGUAAGCAAAACUCUUCAUCCAGUGUUACUUUCUUAACAUCAUCUUGUUAUUCUGAAAUCUUAUGUUUUGGGACAAGUGUAAUAUUUUAGUGAUUACAAGAUACAACA